AGCAGGCAAUGUGGGGUCUCCGCUCGCCUCCCCGGCGUGUCCCUCACCCCACUUUCCCCUCACUCGCAGCCGGCUGCCUGCUCCACCUGAAACACUUGUCCACAGCGUCCUUGUGACACACUUUGAUUACUACGCCUUGAAAUGUGACUCCCGACACUGUGGCUAUCUGCUGGAGUACCCGCUGUUGAUAAACAAAGGAUUCCUUGAAGGCGCACCCCACGGGAGUGUUGGCAAUUUGGGUGGACAAGCGGGCGGAGAGCCAACAUUUUGCCAUGAGCGUGGAUUUGUUUGCGCUCUUUGGCGUGAUGCUCAUCACUUGUUCAGCAAUGGAAGAAACUGUGAUGGACACUCGAGUGGCCACAGCUGAACUGGGCUGGACCGCGUAUCCUAACUCUGGGUGGGAAGAGGUGAGUGGCUACGACGAGAACCUGAACACCAUCAGGACGUACCAGGUGUGUAAUGUCUUCGAGCCCAGUCAGAACAACUGGCUCCUCACCACCUUCAUCGAUCGCAGAGGCGCACAGCGCAUCUACGUGGAGAUCCGCUUCACGGUGCGCGACUGCAGUUCCAUCCCCAACGUUCCCGGCUCAUGCAAGGAGACGUUCAACCUUUACUACUAUGAAUCCGACGCCGUCAUUGCCACCAAAGGAACUGCUUUCUGGAUGGAGGCUCCCUACCUCAAGGUCGACACCAUAGCCGCUGAUGAGAGCUUCUCACAGGUGGACUUCGGAGGACGCCUCAUGAAAGUCAACACAGAAGUCCGCAGCUUCGGGCCCCUCUCGAAGAACGGCUUCUAUUUGGCCUUCCAGGAUUACGGUGCCUGCAUGUCUUUGCUGUCCGUCAGGGUGUUUUAUAAGAAGUGCCCGAGCGUGGUCCAGAACUUUGCAGUCUUUCCGGAGACGAUGACAGGCGCUGAAAGCACCUCCCUGGUCAUCGCCAGGGGGAUUUGCAUUUCAAACUCCGAGGAAGUGGACGUUCCGAUAAAGCUGUACUGUAAUGGAGAUGGGGAGUGGAUGGUUCCGAUCGGCAGCUGCACUUGCAAGGCGGGAUUUGAACCAGACAAUGGCAACGUGUGUCGAGCAUGCCCACCGGGUACCUUCAAGUCAACCCAGGGUCCCGGGCUGUGUCUUCAGUGCCCUCCGAACAGCCGCUCAACCGCUGAGGCCGCCACCAUCUGCGUCUGUCGCAAUGGUUACUACCGUGGUGACGCUGAUCAGCCAGACCAACCCUGCACCAGUGUCCCAUCCAGCCCAAGGAAUGUCAUAUCCAUCGUGAACGAGACCUCCGUGAUCCUGGAGUGGCAUUCUCCGAGGGAGACGGGCGGCCGCGGCGACGUGGUGUACAACAUCUUGUGCAAAAAAUGCCAGGCCGACCGGCGCGCCUGCUCCCACUGCGACGACAAUGUGGAAUUUGUCCCUCGUCAACUGGGUCUGACCGAGACCAGGGUGUUCAUCAGCAACCUGCUGGCGCACACGCUAUACAGCUUCGAGAUACAGGCCGUCAACGGCGUCAGCAAUAAGAGCCCCUACCCGUCGCAGCACGUGUCGAUAGACAUCACCACCAACCAGGCCGCUCCCUCCAUUGUUCCCAUCAUGCAUCAGAUCAGCUCCACCAUGAAUAGCUUCACAUUGUCGUGGCCGCAACCAGAACAACCCAACGGUAUCAUUCUGGACUAUGAGCUACGUUACCAUGAGAAGGACCACGCGGAGAUCAACUCCACCAUCCUGCGGAGCCAAACCAACACGGCGCGUGUGGAGGGCCUGCGCUCGGGUACCGUGUACGUGGUGCAGGUGCGGGCGCGGACCGUUGCUGGUUUUGGCAAAUACAGCAGCAAGAUGUGCUUCCAGACUCUCACAGAUGAAGACUUCAAAUCAGAGCUGAGGGAGCAACUUCCUCUAAUUGCGGGGUCAGCGGCUGCAGGAGUGGUCUUCAUUGUUUCGUUGGUUGCCAUCUCGAUCGUGUGUAGCAGGAAAAGGGCCUACACCAAGGAGGCAGUCUACAGUGACAAGCUGCAACAUUACAGUACAGGACGAGAACUCUCUUUGCGAGCCGACAUGUCUAACUGCCCCUCACCACUGGGCUGCCCGACCCACUUCUCAGGCUCCCCAGGGAUGAAGAUCUACAUCGACCCCUUCACGUACGAAGACCCCAACGAAGCCGUCCACGAGUUUGCCAAGGAGAUUGAUGUCUCGACUGUUAAAAUCGAGGAGGUCAUUGGCGCAGGUGAAUUUGGGGAAGUAUACAAGGGCCGUCUGAAGCUGCCCAGUAAGCGGGAGAUCUUUGUCGCCAUCAAGACCCUGAAGGCGGGCUACGUUGAGAAGCAGAGGCGUGACUUCUUAUCCGAGGCGUCCAUCAUGGGUCAGUUUGACCACCCCAACAUCAUCCGCCUGGAGGGGGUCGUCACGAAGAGCCGACCGGUCAUGAUCGUCACGGAGUUUAUGGAGAACGGAGCCCUCGACUCUUUCCUCAGGCAAAACGACGGUCAGUUCACAGUGAUCCAGUUGGUGGGAAUGAUGCGCGGGAUCUCGGCCGGCAUGAAAUAUCUCUCCGAGAUGAACUACGUGCACCGGGACUUGGCCGCACGCAACAUUCUGGUCAACAGCAACCUGGUGUGCAAAGUGUCCGAUUUCGGCCUGUCGCGCUACCUGCAGGAGGACACCUCUGAUCCCAGCUACACCAGCUCUUUGGGUGGAAAAAUCCCUGUGAGGUGGACUGCGCCGGAGGCCAUCGCAUACAGGAAGUUCACGUCCGCCAGCGACGUGUGGAGUUAUGGCAUUGUCAUGUGGGAAGUGAUGUCAUUUGGAGAGAGGCCCUACUGGGACAUGUCCAAUCAGGAUGUGAUUAAUGCCAUCGAGCAGGACUAUCGUCUGCCGCCGCCUAUGGACUGCCCCAGCGCGCUGCACCAGCUCAUGCUGGACUGUUGGCAGAAGGACCGCAACGUCCGGCCUCGCUUCACAGACAUCGUCAGCACUCUGGACAAGAUGAUCCGUAACCCCGCCAGCCUCAAAGCGGUCGCCAACAUCCCCGCGGUGCCUUCUCAGCCACUGUUAGACAGAUCCAUACCCGACUUCAACACCUUCAGCUCCGUAGAAGACUGGCUCGGUGCCAUCAAGAUGAGCCAAUACCGAGACAACUUCCUCAACUCGGGCUUCACGUCCCUGCAGCUGGUGGCUCAAAUGACCUCAGAGGACUUGCUGCGAAUAGGCGUGACCUUAGCCGGACACCAAAAGAAGAUCCUGAGCAACAUCCAGUCCAUGAGGGUGCAGAUGAGCCAGUCACCCACUGCUAUGGCAUGACAACAGGGGGCGCCGUGCCACGGAGCGGGCAGCAUUCAGAGGACCACCAACAAUAUCACCAAUGGCCCUCGAAUGACUCCCGAUCCGUCGGAACGCGGCAGGGUCGAGACCGUUGUCUUAAUCUGAUCCACACGAGGAGACCAGGGUCUACACUUCCACGCUUAGAAAAAUCCACACGGAGCAGUUCAGGGUCCACGCUUGACACACAAGGAAAAAACUGUGGUGGUUUUUGACCAAAUGGGGGGAAUUCCUCACCAGUCGUCGGGAUUACUUGUUGUACCUCUGUUAUCCGGACUAUUAUAGAAACAACAUGUGAUCUGUGGUUUUUGUUUUUGUUUUUAACUCGUGUGCAAUGAAGAUGCCUUGACCUGGCCAGAGUU